UAUAAGAAUCUAUAUUAUUUAAGGUAAAUGUAAAAUGAAAAUAAAACGUUUUACAGUUGCAAUCUUUCCCCUUUUUUGAUGCACUAUCCGGGUCUGACAUUGAAAACACUAUAUAAUUUUUUUUUCCUCUCGUUCACUGCAUUUUCUUCUUCUUCUUCCACUAUUACUAUUGUUUUCCUUCUUACCUUUUUGUACCAUGCCUAUUCAGUUUGGUAGUCAUGCUUUAAAUCAAGAACAUCUGGAAAACCUACGUUAUUAUAAAUAUGCUGCAGUUGACAAGUCUUUGAUUUCUAAUUAUAUUUUACGUCAUUAUUGGAAUGCUAUGGUUCACUUGUUCCCGCGUUGGAUGGCACCUAAUUUGAUUACUUUGCUUGGUUUAGGCUUCAUGAUGAUAAACGUAUUAUUCAUUAUCAUUUAUGUUCCUGAUCUUGGUACGGAAGCUCCUAGUUGGUUAUAUUUCAGUUUUGCUGCUGGACUUUGGUUAUAUUCUACUUUUGAUAAUGUCGAUGGAAAACAAGCUAGAAGAACUGGUACAAGUAGUCCUUUAGGUGAAUUAUUUGAUCAUGGAUGUGAUGCUUUGAAUUGUACCUGUGUGGCUUUGUUACAAGCAGCUGCUCUUGGUUUGGGUCACUCUUUUUCCACGGUUGCUCUUGUUUUGGUAACUAUUGUCGGUUUUUAUUUGUCUACAGCUGAAGAAUAUUUUACUGGAGUACUGUACCUGGGAAUUGUAAAUGGUCCUACUGAAGGCAUUUUGGUCUCUUGUCUUGCUUUUAUUUGGUCAGGCGUCUAUGGUGCUUCGUCAUGGCAUGUACCUUUAUCUGCUGUCUCAAGGUUAUCAUGGAUUUCAUCUCAUCUCCCAAAUGGAACUUGUUUUGCUGAUAUUUUUGUAUGGGGAAUGAUUCUCUUUUUCUUGAUUACCCAUUGUCCUUUUUGUUUCGCUUCUAUUUAUACAGUGUGUCAAGAGAAAUCAUUAAAGUUGUCCCAUGUUUUACUCACCAUCUUAUACCCUAUCACUUUGUACUCGCUUGCUAUCUAUCUCUGGGUAUCAUCUCCUUAUAGUCAUUUAUUUGAAAAUCAAGAUAUUAUUCUUUUCUCAUUGACGAUCGGAAUCUUAUUUGGUAUGAUGGCAUCUGAUAUCAUUGUAGCCCAUCUGACACGCAACGAAUUUCCUCCAUUCAAGGUAUCUUUGGGUUUAUUAUGGACUAUGGCCUUACUUGUUAACCUGCCUUUCCUUCGAACCCAUAUCAUCACGGCAACAUCUGAACAUAUUCUCUUAUGGAUUCUUUUCCUUUCACUGGUUGUUCUGUAUUUAGUGUGGGCGACAAGGAUCAUUCAAGCAUUUUGCAAAUACCUUGGUAUUAACUGUCUUACAAUCCGUCAUACAAACCAGACUAUACCUCGUUCUACUGAAGAACAUGUGGAAUCAGAUGCACUUUUGGAUCAACAGGAACAAGGACAACAAGCAUCCACAUCAACGAACGGCAACAACAAAUCGUAUAGUACAUUUGAGUAGGACAGUCUUGAUCUGGAUCAUCAACUUUGUAUUAUUCUUUUUAUAUUUAUUUUUAUGAUGAUAUUAUUUUUAUGAUGAUACCUCUAUUUAUUCUCUAUUUAUUAUACUUUUACAUCAAUAUGUUGAAUACCCGCGUACAUAUUGUAACUAAUAAAGAAAUGGAGUAUUCUUUUUUUUUUUU